AUGAGUAUUUAUUUCGAUGGGUCAAAUGUUGGAAUACAAAUAGCUCCGAUAGAAUAUCAAUCAAAUUAUACAGUGUCAAAUAUGUAUGAUUACUUGGCGCAAUACUAAUUAGACAGGUAACAAUACAGUUUAACGUUGGAUGGAUAAACAAUGUUAAACCCAUAAGAUAGUUCAUACAUUUCAUAAUUUUUUUAACCAAAUGCAGCUCUUUAUGUUGUUUAAGCAUAGCCAACAUUUAAUGUGUAUUUUGAAGGAUAGUAAAUAUUGACAAAUCAACUACCAAACAUGGCUAUACUUGAUUUGUUAACAUAUUUAUAAUAAUAAGGUGUUAAUCUAGGGUAAAAUGUGUAAGUUGACUUUUAUGAUUAAAGUUCCACUCCACUAUUUAUGAAUGCUGAUAUUAAUGAGGGUUUGUAUAAUUAUACAAAUGGUAAUCAAAUAGUAAUCAUAAAUAUCACACCUUUAUAAUAAUAAGAGAUUCCAAAAUAGAUGGGAUCAAAUACUAAAGUGGAUUCAUUUAAAUAAUAAAAUAUUGGAGCAAAUGAACUACUCUAAUCCUUGAUUUUACUCAAAAAUGUAAGUUUAUUGAUUGAUCCAAAUGGUUAAUUUGUUGUAUACAAAUUUCACUUCCCAACUUUGAUCUAAGGAUACUUACAAAGAAGUUAAGGAAAAGAUGCAGCUAAUAUUACACACUUUAGUGUGGUGCAUGCUGAUUGGAUAGAAAAGAAUAACAUAAAAUAUUGCUCAUUUGAUGAUUACGGAUUUGCUAUUACAUGGGAAGAUGGAAAUGUUAGUUCCGUGAAAAUUAAGCAAUAGUGA